GCCUCUUCCUGCGAACGCAGCAGAGAAGAAACCCACUCAGAAGAGAACUGUUCUAGGUUGUAGCGGAGAGACAGAGAAGCAGGCAUGAACAUGUUCAAGUCAUGUCUGCUGAUGGAGCUGCUGGUGCCGGUGACAUGUUCAGGCACGAGUCUGGCGCACCAAAACACCUGCUACAUUCUGGAUGGGAUCCUGAUUGUUUACUGCAUUGUGGUCACAGCGCUGCUCUUCAGAGAGAAGAUGUCAAACCCUCCAUUGGGUGAAGAGCAGGAUGAAGGAGGCGAAGGCCUGUACCAGGAACUCGUGAGAGAAGGAAAUGCAGACCAGUACGAGGUGCUCAAUCCUCUGAGGGCGAGAGCCACAAAGGAGAAGACCAAGUCGACCGAAGACAAGUAGCUGGACCCCAGAACCUUUUCAUCUCACUGACUUCCUGUGCGUCCAACCUGUGGCGGGCGGUCUGUGGUUUGCAUCGGCGACCUUUGACCUGGACUUGCACGAGCUCAGCCUACCAUCUGUAUGUUUCUAGUAGAGUCAUGUUCCUUAUGAUGUUGAUCGGAGGCAGGCUGUGUACAAGUGGGAUCAAAACUACAGAAGAAAUUGCAUUUUGUCAUUCAUUACUAAUUAUAACCAUUAGAAUUUUUAGGCCUUUAUUUUUUUUUUAAUUGAAUGAAAAAGAUAGGUAACGCUCAUUUUAACAGUAUG